AGUAUCCUUUCUUUCUCAGAUUCUCUUCUAACUAUUUUUCUCUCCAUGUAUAAAUAGAGAGACCCAUCAUUCAUCUUCAAUCUUUUUUGCAGAUUCUCAUUUCAGCAGCAGCAGCAGCAGGUUCACAUAAUUUUGGGACCAUGAUUAAGCUAUUUAAAGUAAAGGAGAAACAGAGAGAGCUUGCUGAAAAUGCUAAUGGAAAGCCUCCAAUUAAGAAACAAAGUGCAGGAGAGCUGCGUCUUCAUAAAGAUAUCAGUGAACUAAAUCUACCUAAAACGUGUAGCAUAUCAUUCCCUAACGGAAAAGAUGACCUCAUGAACUUUGAAGUCACCAUUCGGCCUGAUGACGGAUAUUAUAUGGGUGGAACUUUUGUCUUCUCUUUCAGCAUUUCUUCUAUUUAUCCUCAUGAGGCUCCAAAAGUCAAGUGCAAGACGAAGGUUUACCACCCGAAUAUUGACUUGGAAGGAAAUGUAUGUCUCAACAUUCUUCGAGAAGACUGGAAACCUGUGCUCAACAUCAACACAAUAAUCUAUGGCUUGUAUCAUCUGUUCACGGAACCCAAUCACGAAGAUCCCCUCAAUCAUGAAGCAGCUGCUGUGUUGAGUGACAACCCGAGCAUGUUCGAGUCCAAUGUCAGAAGGGCAAUGUCUGGAGGAUAUGUAGGGCAAACGUACUUCCAACGCUGCAUGUAAUGUCUCAAAUGCAGAAUCAAUUAGUUGAUGAUGAUGAUGUCGAUGCCGGAAGUUGAAGGCUCUCAAAGUCUGUAAAGUUGGACCAGAAAGAACCAUUUUUACAUGUGGUUAUUGUGAAAAAGAUUGAGUGCAAAAUGUUAUUAGAUACAUGCAAAACUUAAAACCUGCAGAAAGUUUUCUGUAUGAUAUGAGUGUAAACUUUGCAACAACUCAUGCAAGAAGGACUGAAGGUGUUAGAGACCUCUGCUUGGGUGAAUUUAUGUUUUUGGCUAUCUUGUGCUUCGAUUAUUGUAUUAUUUUGUGGUAGUAACAUUUUAUAUGACAAUGUCAUGCUAUCUACAACAUUUUGUCUUAGCUUCUAAACUCCGUUGUUGCUCUUUUUCAAA